CCCUGGGUAAGAGCCCUGGCCUCACCACACUCUCCCCGUGGAGACAUUCUCCCUAGCUCCUCUUAUGCAGUCCUCAUGCGAGACCACCUCGCCCCCUUCAUACCUUUACCCCCCCAGCGAGAGACACUCAGGUGAGAUGCUCCCCCCCAUACGGUACCGCAGGUGAGAUGCACGUGCACUCCCCAAAGUGAAAAGACCUUACUCCCUCAGAGAGACCUUGCUUGGUGAUGUCUCCCCAAUGGUCCCCACAGAUGAGUCCCUUCCAGUCUCCCCUCCUCCAUUUCUCCACAGGAGCUGUUCUGUCAGGCUGCUGUUGGGUGUGCUGAAAAUAUUAACCCCCUCUGAUGGGGUCAAGCCAGGCUGUGCUGGGGCAAGUAGUUCAGCUGUUCUUCAGUAUUUCCAUGGAAACGUGGGCUUUGCCAUUGAACAUCUGUAUGUCUUGAAUCACUCAUUUGAGUGUUGCCAUUAUUUUCAAACUGUGGAAGAAUGUUUAAAAACGAGUAUCAGGGUGGCCCAUUUGUUGAAAUAUUCAGUGCUCAAGGCAAGAAUCCAGGAGCAAAAUGGAAGAUCUUUGGCAGUCCAUCAGCAAUUUGGAAAGAGUUUGAUAAAGAAGUAAAAGGCUUUGUUUUUGUCCUUGAAGGAAGCAGUCAAACAAACAAGAUUCAACUACCAAAGGAAACUAGACAAACUCUUGGACUGAUCCAGCGGUUUCUGGUACUUCAAAUUUAUGUGCCGUUGGGACAAGACUUCUCUACUGAAUUGCUGGUAACUGAUUUAGGAAACAUUAAAAGAAGAUUGUAUUUAUCAACGGUCCAUAAGGAGCUGUCUGUAACCCCUCUGCAUGCAAAACUUCCUCUGUAUAUGAUCAAACGCAAAAUAUGGUGCAAUUUGUGCAUUGACUUGGUAGCAUUCACCAGUGAAAUAUUCAAAGGAGCUGUUUUCCAGUCUUUGGAUGGAAUUAUCAUCUCAGCUAACUGUAAACUGAGAAAAAUCUUCACUUUGAAAUUAAAGCCUCAAGAUACAGCUGAGGAAGAUGCUGAUGACCCCAUGGAUACUAUUCCUCGAACCUGUCAGCUAAAUACAGAUGUGCCACAAGUAACGCAACUGCUGAACAUGAGUAAACUUCGUCAACCCUUAACUUCAUCUGAGUCAGUAGACCAGUUAAUUAACAGAGGACAAGGCAGUACACAUAACAAUAAAAAUCAAGAUGUGUCUCACAUUGCAUUUGGAUCCAAGGUCCUUGGACCACCUCCACCUUCUGGGAGAAGAUUCAACGCAAGGACAUCUGGAGAGAUAAUAAAGUCUUUGGGUAGCCGAAAUAGCAGAUCAUGCCAACAGCUGACAUUAGAAAAAGGAAGCGAGUCGAUACGAGAUACCAAGAAGUCUGAACCAUCUCCCUCACCAUUCUGUGAGCCUUUUGAUCAAGGAGACAAAGAAAAUAUUCACCAAACAAAUCCAAUUACAAGUCACAAUGAUGAAUGGGUAUUUCCUGAAAAUUGCAGUAACAGUUAUCAGGUGGAUUCCAGUGGACAGUCAAUAGCUGCCCAAAAUACAGCCUGCAGUAAUUUAUCCCUGUCUCUGGAUACUGAUGCUGAAAGUGGAAACAAGAAAACAGGUGAACACCAAAUAAACCAUAAAGAGAUUUUUACAUUUUCAUCGAGGCCUCGAUCAGCUCCUCAUGGGAAGUCCCCAAAUAUGUCACCAGAAGGCAGCAUGCCUCCUUUGGAUUUCAAUGAGGACAUUGAUGGGGUCUGUAGAGGAGCCCAAAUGGAAGAUGAUUUUUAUGGAAGUGACAGCAAUGAAGAGGAUGACCCCAGUGAAUUCACCGAACGUGCUUCAGACCUCAAGACCAGCCACAGUAUAUCAGAGUCAUCUGAUUCAGCCGUUUUUAAAGAACUCCCAUCAAAGGUGAUGUCAGUGAGUCCUGAGUGCAGGAAAUAUAAAAGAUGUCUCAAGCAUACCCACGUGGAAUCCGUAUUAUCAAACCCACAAGACUCGCUUGAGGAAAAAGCAGAGCCUGACAGCGUCUCAAGAAGUUUGAUGCCUACCCUCUGUCUUUCUCCUACUGGAAGUAAGCCUAAAUUAUCUGAGGAAAUUCCAAGCACUUCUGACAAACCAAAGGAUACGCCAGUCAGUCAGUUAAGAGCAUCAAUAAGUAGAAAGUCCCUCAAAGAAAUCUUAAGAGAGAAUUCAAAUCCGACAGCCAAGACUCCUGAGUACGACUGGAGAAACUACCAGCCAAGCAGACUGAGUGCAUCAGAACUGCAGAUGUUGGCUAGCAUGAAGAGACAACAAAAUGAGGAGCUGGAGGAGAACGGGGUCUCACAUGGGCUGAGUGCAUCUCAGAUUGACACCUGCAACGUCAGCGUCAGUACAAGCAGUGAUGACACAACAACCUGGAACUCUUGUCUCCCUCCACCAGUCAAUCAAGGGCAUCACUAUCAGAAAGAAAUGAACCCGCUGUCUCAUUCCAACCCAAGGGACUGGUUAAGUGUGUUCAGCCCUCCCAUAAUUCUUCCAAGCCAAGAGCUAGCUCAGCAUACUGACUCUUCAGCAAAUCUACGUGUUCCAGGUGAAGAUGACUUCAGUACAGAGGAGGAUGAGGAAGUCCUGACUCUUUUGUAUGAUCCAUGUCUAAACUGCUACUUUGAUCCAGAAACUGGAAAAUACUAUGAGUUGGCUUAGCAAGUUCUUGGUUGAGAGAGUAUUGCUCUCCAUCAGAACAGAAUUAACAUCUAGUUCUCUGUUAAGUAUUAACCCGAAUGUAACACUUUAUUGUGUAAUUAAAAAUUGGAAUCAGUAAGUAAUUUUGCAAGCAAAGGAAUAUAUUUUACAAAUAAUGUAACAUCGGAUUUUGGUAGUUUUGUAUUGUAACACAGUAGAACAUCACAGCACACGUGCUUGACAGCUGUUUGUGAGACUGGUUUGUUUCAUAUUAAAUAUUGAAAGAUUCUGUGUGUGAACUAAUUAGGUUGAAUCAAAAGGUUUUGCAGUUUUUAUAUAUGUAAAUUAUGGCUUCAUACAAAGAAAACGUCGGGGGGUUCGUUACUGUCUUAAGAGGUGGGGGUUUUUUUGUACUCCAACAAAUGUAGUGUGAUGUUUGAAGACACAUGUUCCAUGGGCUAGUCACCUUCCUUCCUCUUCAGGAAAGUCUCUGUACUAAUUAAAUGAUAAUAACUGCUUUUGAGAAAUCUUAUCCACUUAUAAACCUCAUAAGGUUACUAUAAUACAUUGGAUUACUGCU